UUACUCUUUCUGGAAAUGGAGAAAAAGGAAAGGCCGUUGUUUACCUUGUGGCUUUCCAUCUGUUCUUUGUUAUGUUUGUAUGGUCGUAUUGGAUGACAAUUUUCACGUCUCCCGCUUCCCCCUCCAAAGAGUUCUACCUGUCCAGUUCUGAAAAGGAACGUUAUGAAAAAGAAUUCAGCCAAGAAAGACAACAAGCAAUUUUGAGAAGAACAGCAAGGGACUUACCUAUCUACACCACCUCAGCCUCGAAAACCAUCAGAUACUGCGAAAGAUGCCAGCUGAUGAAGCCCGACCGCGCGCAUCACUGCUCGGCGUGUGACACAUGUAUUCUUAAGAUGGACCAUCACUGUCCUUGGGUGAAUAACUGUGUGGGAUUUUCUAAUUACAAGUUCUUCCUGCUGUUUUUAUUGUAUUCCUUAUUAUAUUGCCUUUUCGUGGCUGCAACAGUUUUACAGUACUUUAUAAAAUUUUGGACGAACGAGCUGCCGGACACGCGUGCCAAGUUCCACGUGCUUUUCCUGUUCUUCGUGUCCACCAUGUUCCUCGUCAGCGUCCUGUCGCUCUUCAGCUACCACUGCUGGCUGGUGGGGAAGAACAGGACGACCAUAGAGUCAUUCCGCGCACCCACAUUUUCAUACGGACCUGACGGAAAUGGUUUCUCUCUUGGAUACCGUAAAAACUGGAGACAAGUCUUUGGUGAUGAAAAGAAAUAUUGGCUACUUCCAGUAUUUUCAAGUUUGGGCGACGGCUGCAGUUUCCCAACGCGCCUCGUGGGGAUGGACCCAGAACAAGCUUCUGUCACAGCUCAGGACGAGUGUGCCAGAAGUAUUGGCUCAAACCAGCCCUUCCCUGUCAAACCGCUUAGUGAGUCGAAAAACCGACUGCUGGAGGCCGAGUCUGCGUGGGCCGGGAACGGGUCCGAAGACGCAGGCAGACCAGGUUUAUAAAGACAUGUUAUGGACUGCUAUUUUCAGUAUUAUUUGCAAGAAAAUGAUCAGUGGAAUGAAAAAAUUGAAGUAUAACAGAAGAUAUAUAUUUUUUUCAAAACGGAAGCCUUCAUACAGAUCGCGGGGUCCACGGACUGCCAAGCGGGAAGACGCCUUAAUCUCACAUCAGCCAACAGCGGCUUACAGCCACAGAAGUGACUGACUGGCCCUUUGCAAAUAACACGUGCCUGUGAUGAGAUGCCCACAGCAGCUGCCUAUCGCGUUCACAUGGCAUGUCUAUUUUUUUAAUACCCAAGUUACGGUAUCAGACUUCUUUCUUACGGUCCAUAUAAAUUUUCACUCCUGAAACGUAAGUUAAAAACUUGUCUUAAGUGAAGUACAUCUAGGGCGGUUUGGUGGCUGAAAGUGAAUAAUAAAUCAAAACGACUGUUGCUUAUACUGUGUAAGGAAAAGAAAGGAACUGCUUUUUUUUACAACUGGGUGUUUGCUAAUUCAUAAUUACUGUUUUAAACUUUUCAAUAUUUUUAAUACAGAUUUUUUUAUUGUUGGCUAUACAGUAACGCUCAGCAGGAUUAGGAUACCUAAAUACGAUGAUUUAAGACCUGGAGCACAUUUGUGUAAUUCAUCGAAGGCUUAGUGAAGCAUUGUGCCCAAGGCUUAAAGAAAAUUUAGCAGUUUAAGAAAUAUUUUCAUUUCUCCCUGCUUUUAGGUUACUUUUGUUGUUGAAUUUUCAUGACCGUAGGUCAGGGAAACACAGAUGCAUGUGCUGUAGAGAUACUGGACUCAGUAGGAACAGGUAGAAGUGGCUAGAAGAAAAAUAAAGAGAACAGGCAGGCUCCCAAGGUGUGUAGAGGCGAUGUGCUGUUGAAUCAAAUUUCAGUUUAGGAGAUGAUGAAAAAUUACUCGAAACUUCACAGUGAGGCUAUAAACAGCUCAAUCAAUGACUUCAAAGGCAACUUAAACUAAAGUGAAACUGUCGAGCAUAAUGCUGCUCUCAGGAAAGACAGUCUAAUCUGAGUCGUCAUUUAAAACUUCCAGUCUCUGACAGGCAGUUUCCGCUCUUAGAUGCAAAAUACUAAAGCUGACAUUCUAACAGCAGCCUCUUUCUGCCGAGUUAGAUACAUAUCCUCUUUUCCUUUUGAAAUCCAGUCUAAGUGGCAAGAAUUGUUGCAUUAAUUCUAAAGAGAAAUAUAGUGUCUUAUAAAGGAGUAACAAUGUAGAAAUGUCAAUCCUUGUUUAUAGUGUUCAAAUACACACACAAAACAAUGUGAUUUGCUGCCAGUAGUGGAUAGAGAUAAGUUUUAACAAGCAUCUGUGAAGUACCAACGGUUAUAGUUUUCCUCUCUGUAGGAUGGGACCGAUGGGGGGGCGGGAGGGGUGGUUAGGGAUGAUGGGGCUGGAUGACCUCUAACAUUAUUCGAUUUCUGAUUUUGCAAAAAUAACCUUAGUUUUCAUUCAUCCAACAAAUAUUUUUAGAGUGCUUUCUGCAUGCCAAACAAUAUAUAAGGGAUAACUCUAUACUCAAAUGUCACAUAAACUUUCUGCUCAACUAUUCCAGUUUUUCCGUUUAUAGGAUUUAUCUAAUUCCAUUGGUUAAUACUAAUAUUAGAUUUUAAGAGGAAGUAACUUUCCCCCGUGAACCAAAGGAAUGUGUUAGCUUUGAAAAUGUAGUUUGGAAUACUAUCAUAUGGAUUCUUCCACCUUUAUUUUAACUGUAGUCUUAAUAAUCUUGAUUCUGGAAAACCCUUAAGUAUGAGAAUUCAGGGAUACCAAUUACCAACCAAAAUGAUCACUUCAGUUUGGCAGCUUAUAUAUUACAAGGAAAUAGUAAAUGUUUAAAUUUACUACUUUCAGAAGUGUUCUCCUGGGACCGUUAUGAGUAUUUCUACAUUUAGAUCAAAGGAUUUGCAUGCACCUAACAACCAAUGAGACCUGAUUGUCCCCUUUAACGUAUCCGGGCACUUUUGUGGUGUUGUAAUCUUUCUCAGUUCUUUUAAUUCCUCUUAAUUAACGUCAGCUUUAAUAGCAUAGUAAACACCUUUUCAGAAAUUUUCGGUUAACACCUUUUAAAGCCAACAUUUUGCCACAUUCUGAAUACCGUUUGGCUGAGUUUACUCAUAGGCCAGCAGGGGCCUCCAGGUGGCUUGGGGACCGGGGAAAGGCUGCCUGUUUGCUAUUGCACCUGGUAUUGAUUAGUGCUGUCACUCUGUGGGGAGAAAGGUCAAAAUGAAGCCCUGGGAGAAUUUAUUAGAACCAUCUAUGGCCCUUCAAAUGUGUGAACAGGUGUGAUAUUUAAGGAAAAUCAAAUCCAACUUCAGGUCUUGCCACUGCCAUUAAAAAACAAAGUGACCGGAGACUCGGUUUUACCUGGGCACAAACUUACUUGAAUAUUCAGUAGCCGAGGCAUCCGACCAGUGUCCCCUUGCCAGGGGCAGCUGUGGUAGAGUCGUCCUUAAACAGGGACACGUUUACAGAGUUUAGAUUCGUCUUUACACACAGAUGAUUUUUUAAGUCUUUUUACAUAUUUAAUGGUUAUGAUUCAAUGUGUCAUAAUUUAACUGCAAGGUUAGUUUAAAUCAAAUAUGCAAUGUUUACUUGAAUUUUAUUUCUCUUAGAAAGCAGAUUUUGACUUUGUUUACAGGGUUGUUUAAAUUCAGGAUUAUCUGACGAGGUUUCCAUUCAGUAAUGUUUAAAGUACUUGUAUAUUAAGGGCUUGGUGUUAGGAUCUGCAUAUUCGGGGCACUGACCACACACGCAGUGAAUUACCAGAUGUCUAGCUUUUGAUCUAGGACUAGCACUGCUAUCAAUGAAAAGUAUUUUUAAUCUGUUAUUAAGAAAUUAAUCAUAUUUUUGCAUUUCAGCCAACAUAAAGACCAUAAUAAUCUCUAAUAAUCUCUAAGCUAUAGCUAAUAUGUAAACCUGAAAUCCGUGUUUCAUAUAAUCUGAACUGUAUUUUCCAAUUUAAAUUAAAAAUGCAAUAUAGAUUCAGAAAGUUCCAUAUUUUUCUAACGAGUUCACUUUAUAUUUUGUUGGGUUGUAUGAAGAAUCAAGGAUUUGUAUUUGUAUUAAAAGUUUGAGAAAGCUGGUAGUCGAGUUCAUUAUAUUUGUACAUGACUGCAGAUGGGUCUAUGCCCGUUUAAAAGAAAAGAUGGAUGCUAUUUUAAAGUGAUCUUCAAUGUUUUUAUAUAAACAGAUUUGAAACAGUUUACUGGAGUUGUCUUUGCUAUCCAGUCCCGUAGGUCUUCUGUUUGCUUCUCAGGAGUGUCCCCCUGGACCAUGACUGAAUGCUCACCCUUUGCUUUGUCCACUGGAUGGUCUAAUCCACCUUAACAUAAAGGCUGAAUGAACAUUCUAAACUUUUUUUAAAGAUCAUAAGUUACUGUAUUAAUAAACAAAAGUAAAAUACUGUA